AGAGAGAGAGAGAGAGAGAGAGUUCAGACGUCGGGAGCAAUGGCGAGCACCAAAGUUCAAAGGAUUAUGACCCAACCUAUCGUACGUGCAUCUUCUCUGUUAUUGUUUCGACUACUCUCUCUCUCUCUCUUUGUUCUUUUACUAAUUUUUCCUUUUGUUUUUUCCCGGUGGUAUCGGCGGCGGAUCCAGAACUUGAUUUUUAGGUUUCUUCAAAGCAAAGCUAGGAUCCAGAUUUGGCUUUUUGAGCAGAAAGAUUUGAGGAUUGAAGGAAGAAUCACUGGGUUUGACGAAUACAUGAACCUAGUGUUGGAUGAAGCUGAAGAAGUGAGCAUCAAGAAGAACACCAGAAAACAACUUGGAAGGAUUCUACUUAAAGGAGACAACAUAACGCUGAUGAUGAACACGGGAAAGUGAUGACUAUUCUCUCAAGAAACACUCUCAAGGAUUAGUAUAUCCAUAGCUUUUGCUAAGUAUAUGUUGAGUUGAGCUCUUCUUCUUCUUCAGUUAACUGACAAUGCCUUCUUCGUUAUCGUGUAAUAUUGCAAUUUAGUAAGCUAGUAACAAGGUUUGAGAAAUUAUGGAGUUUGGUGGAAUCUUAAGGAUGGUAUUGCCUCUUUUUGGUUAAUGGAAAUUACUAUUUUCGGGAA